AUGGUGCAUUUGGAUUUCAAAGCGCUGAUUUCACCAGUCGGCAUCGUGCGGAUGUCAGAGUUUGUCCUGACAUGCACCUGCUUCGCAUUGGUGGCGUCCGCGGGCUUCGUAAACUUCGGCCUGUCCCACUGGUCCUGGUGCAUGUUCUGCUGGUGCUUCUGUUGCUUUAUGACGCUCCUCAUCCACAUUCUGGAGUUCACCAACCUGAACACCAAAGUACCCAUCUCAUGGGAGGACUUUACCACGGCCUUCGCCAUGUUGGCGGCACUCAUGAUGGUCACGGCUUCAAUCAUCUACCCGACGUUCUUCGCCUGCUCCUCUUGCUCCAGGCAGAUCGGGGCAUCGGUGGUCUCCUGGUUGUGUUUUGUGCUGUACGCGGUCGAGGUCUGGUUGGUCCACAAAAGACCAGGGGAGAUCAGUGGUUUUCUCAGCACCGUUCCAGGUCUCCUCAAGAUUCUCGAGACCUUCGUAGCGUGCAUCAUAUUCACAUCUCUGGACCCCGUAGAGUACAAGAAGUUUCCGGGACUGCAGUGGUGCGUGGCCGUCUAUUCCAUCUGUUUCAUUUUCUCAUUGCUCAUCAUUCUCCUGACCAUCGCCAGGCUGUUGCUUGUGUUUCCGUUUUUCUUCGACGUGCUGGUCACCGUCUGUAACGCACUGGCUGCUGUUAUGUACGCUACUGCUAUUGUUAUCUGGCCGCUGUAUGUGUUCAAACAAAACCCCCGUCCUGUUCAAUGUAACCAUUGCACGUGGGAUGAUCUGGUCGUGGUAACGUUUAUGACUUUCAUCAACCUGUUGGUGUACAUCACUGACACAGCGUAUUCUGUUAAACUGGUGUUCUUUAGCCAUCACGAGCAGGAAGAAUAA